CACUUUCUCUUACUCUUACUGGCAGCAGUUGAUAGAUUAGAACACAAUAGAACCAGUGAGACAUGCUUCAUAGGGAGUAACCUGACUCCUCCAUUCUUCUCUGCUUUCAAUUCUCUCAAUCUUCUUCCAAAAUCUGCACACAAAGCCAUUUCUUUAUUUAUAUAUCGAAAACCUUCUAUCAUCUAUCUUUUCUUCUAUGCUCCUUCAGUCAUAACAGGCUAUGGCUUGCACUUCCACUCUCUCUCUCUACUCUCACCCGCAGGUUCGCCUCCGCAAUCAGCGUCUGCAAUCGCUAGCCUUAACCUCCGUCGGCUUCGCUCAAUUUGCGUCACUACUAACACUAAAAUGUCGGAGAACGUGUAGAGUGCGAUUCGGAAGCGUGGUUAGGGCUUCUUCAAGUGUGGAAGGAACUCGCCCGCGCGCUGCCGGUUCUCGCAGAGUCUAUGGGCAGUCUCAGGUCAGCGGGCCGCUGUCCAUUGCUCCGGUGAAGCAGAUUGCCAACGUUGUUGGCCCCUUCGCCGUGUUGGUCGCCCUCACUUUUGUUAUAUGGAAAUUAGUGGAGAAGCUUCUUCUUCCAGCUCCAAAACAAUUGAAAUCUUCAACUGUGGAAAGUCAACCACCUUCACAAGGACUGAAAUGGUCUUUUGCUGCUGGUACAAAUUUGUUAUCCCAGCUUGGGGCAAAGAUCGAGAGACAAUCUAAACAGAAGCUCAACGAGUUUGCUCGGGAACUAAGGUCAUUUCCUAGUAUUGAUAUGUCAGGGCGCAACUUUGGUGAUGAAGGAUUAUUCUUCCUUGCUGAGAGCUUGGCAUUUAACCAGACUGCAGAGGAAGUGAGUUUUGCUGCAAAUGGAAUAACUGCAGCUGGGUUGAGGGCUUUUGAUGGCGUUCUUCAAUCAAACAUCACAUUGAAGACUCUUGAUCUUUCAGGAAACCUAGUUGGAGAUGAAGGUGCCAAGUGUUUAUGUGACAUAUUGGUGAAUAACUCUAGCAUUGAGAAGCUCCAGCUAAACAGUGCUGACUUGGGUGAUGAGGGUGCAAAAGCUAUUGCUGAAAUGUUGAAGAAAAAUUCAAGUUUGCGGGUUCUUGAACUGAACAAUAACAUGAUUGAAUAUUCUGGAUUUUCAAGUCUGGCUGGAGCACUUCUUGAGAAUAACAGUAUACGAAAUAUACAUCUCAAUGGCAAUUAUGGUGGUCCUUUGGGGGCUAAUGCAUUGGCUAAAGCACUUGAGAGCAACAAGUCAUUAAGGGAACUUCAUUUGCAUGGAAAUUCUAUUGGAGAUGAAGGAAUCCGUUCUUUGAUGGCGGGAUUAUCUUCACAUAAAGGGAAACUUUCACUUCUAGACAUUGGCAACAACUCAUUAACAGCUAAAGGUGCAUUCCAUGUCGCUGAGUAUGUUAAGAAGAGCAGAAGCCUGUUAUGGUUGAAUCUUUACAUGAAUGACAUUGGCGAUGAGGGAGCCGGAAAAAUUGCAGCUGCUUUAAAGGAAAAUCGGUCAAUAACAACAUUGGAUCUGGGUGGAAAUAACAUUCACGCUGGUGGUGUUAAUGCCGUUGCUCAAGUUUUGAAGGAUAAUUUAGUUAUUACCACUUUGGAACUUAGUUAUAAUCCCAUUGGACCAGAUGGAGCCAAGGCCUUGGCGGAAGUUCUCAAGUUUCAUGGGAACGUAAAAACCCUUAAGCUUGGUUGGUGCCAGAUAGGAGCAAAAGGGGCAGAGUUCAUUGCAGAUGCUUUAAAAUACAAUACCACAAUAUCAAUUUUGGACUUGCGAGCGAACGGACUUCGAGAUGAAGGUGCACAGUGCCUGGCUCGCAGCUUGAAAGUGGUUAAUGAAGCUUUAACCUCUCUAGAUUUAGGAUUCAAUGAAAUAAGGGAUGACGGAGCUUUUGCUAUUGCUCAAGCACUCAAGUCUAAUGAUGAUGUAGCUGUUACAUCCCUUAACAUUGCAAGUAACUUCCUUACAAAAUUUGGGCAGGGUGCCUUGGCUGAUGCAAGAGACCAUGUCUUGGAGAUGACCGAAAAGGAAAUCAACAUCUUCCUCUAGUAGACAUUAUAUUCUGCAAUAAAUAUUUUUUAUAAACUAGUUUUUUUUUUUUUUUUUUUUUUUUAAUUUUAAUUUUGCAUAUAUGCUGCCGGCGAUUACUGGUAGGAACUCGUCAUUAUCAAAUUUUUGAGUUCUAACCAAUUUAUUGAGGGAAAGUAUAGAAAUUUGUUUGCAGUUUAGCCUUAUGUUGUUUAUCUUGAAACCGUUACAGCGGUUGGAUGAUAUAGUUGACAACAAUAGUGAUAGCUUGUCGGCAUAGGUAUCAUGUGCAGUUGGAGUUUACUUUUCCAAGCAGUAGAUUUUUCCUC